AUGUCCCGUUCACAAAGUGCCGCAAUGUGCUCGAUUGCUCUGAAUGCGUACGCUGCUCACCUGCUCAGUCACGAUUCCACCACCACAACUAACGUUGAACACAGGUUAUGCGCAGGAGGCAUAUUCACGUUCCCCUUGCUAUCGCCAGCCAUAGCGACGCAUGUAAAACUAAGUCAGCCCGAGCUGACAACCAUUGCAUUGGCGGGUAUGAUGAGCCAAUACACCGUGGCCGCGAUGGUUGGGAAAGUGGUUGAUACCCAUGGUCCUUCCGUCUGCUCCCUUAUUGCUGCUUUCUUGUUUGCCUUUGGAUUUGGCGCGUUUUCCUACGAAAUUUACACCACACCACCCGAUAUUGUCAUUCCUUCAUCAGCAUCAUUUCACCGCCUAACCUUCUUCUUUUUCCUGGCCGGCUUGGGAACAGUCUUUUCCUACUUCUCCUCUCUUUUUGCCGCCUCAAAAGCGUUCCCUCGACAUCUAGGACUAGCGUCUGGUGUUAGCAUGGCUCUUUUCGGGCUGUCUCCUUUAUUCCUCUCCGUUGUUGCUUCAAAAUACUUCACAGAUCCCCAGACCAAGACCCUGGAUGUUUCUCAGUUCAUGCUUUUCUUGGCCAUAUUGACCACCACCGUAUAUCUCCUUGGAGUGGUUAACCUCAGAAAUAUCAUCCCUGACUCUGAUAGUGUUCCAGAACGGCUAUCAUCAAGUGAUGUUGAAGAGGAUAUUAGAGAGACCACUGCUCUUUUGCCCAAACCUACCCCUACUUCAGACCCGACCGUUGCUGACCUAUUACGCAGUCAAGAUUUUUGGCUGCUCAUGGUAUUUUGCAUAUUAACGCUUGGGGCUUCUGAGAUGAUCAUAUGCAACAUUGGCACGAUUGUGCUUUCACUACCAGGCUCGGACGGUCCUCUACCUGAAAGUAUCAACGUCGAGGCGUCAACUAACCAUCAGGUCCGACUACUCUCUUUGGCCAACACGAUAUCCCGCAUCAUCAUUGGGCCUCUUGCUGACUAUGUGUCACCUAUCACCUCAAGCCUGACAAUUGACGAUCAAACGACCCCGAGAAAGCACCGAAUAAAUCGGAUCGCAUUCCUUACUGGUGCGGCCGUGGUGCUCGCCGCAACAUUCUUUUGGAUGGUGACUCAGGUCACUUCGCGAGAAGCCAUCUGGACCCUCAGUGUGGGUACAGGUCUUGGCUACAGCACCAUUUUUACUGUCAUGCCAAGUAUCAUAUCCUCCAUGUGGGGGAUCAAAAAUGUCGGAAGGAAUUUCGGCCUUCUGAUGUAUGCGCCAUUCACUGGAAAUCCGAUUUUCUCCUACAUGUACGCGUUUGUAUCGGACGCCCACUCGCAUGGGUACGGCAUAUGCGAAGGCCGAGAUUGUUGGCAACUGACUUUCUGGGUAAGCUUCGGAGCCUUGACUGUGUCAUGUUUGACCAGUUUUGUGCUCUGGAAUCGCUGGAAAGGCAGCUUAUAG